AUGGAGUCCAGUGUGGUUCUGCGCGUGACCCAGAUGCCUCUCGUCCAAUCGGUGCUGCAGUCCUUGAGCUCCGCCUACUCUCAGGUGAAGGGGCGUCACCCGCUGCUGCAGAUCAUGGGGGGCGUGGCCGAGGUGGGCGUGGUCAGCGUGUCACAGGCGGCACUCAGACAAGCCACGCCCCUCCUCACCAGCCUCCAGCCUCAGAUUGGAGUCGUCAGUUCUUUGGCUCUUCAGGGUUUAGAUCGACUCGAACAGAACUUCCCCGUCCUCCAACAGACCACAGACCAGGUGUCGUCUGACCUGCGCGCCGCUCUGGUCGGGUCCGUGGUCGGGUCCGUGGUCGGGUCCGUGGUCGGGUCCCGGGACGUCCUGGCGCUGUGGGCGGUGGGGGGCGUGGACGUGGCGCUGGAGGGGGCGGAGAGAGGGGCGGAGCUGGUGUGGGAGAGGGGGCGGAGUCUGCUCGGGGCGCUGCAGGGGUCAAAGGUCGGGCAGGUCGCGUCCUCCGGCCUCGACGACCUCCUGACCCGACUGGAGGAGGUCACGGCCACCUACCUGCCCCUGCCCCCCACGCUCAGGCUGCAGUGGGAGCAGAUGGUUUUGCGUUUGGAGGACGAGGACGAGGACGAGCCCAGUGUUUGGACCCGAGUCCGGAGUCUGGUCCUGUUCCUGGUCCUUCAGGUCCAUCACCGCCUCCUGAAGACCCGGGACCAGCUGAGGAGGAGCGUCCAGACCAGCGCCCAGGCCGUGGGUCUGGGUCCAGUCUUGGACUUGGCGGGAGACCUGCUGCGGUCCCUCCGGGGCCUGGUGGUGGCGCUGUUGUACCGGGUGGAGGACCUGAGGGAGGAAGUCCUGGUCGAGAUCCAAAGCCGGGCCCUGGCCCUGGUCCAGUACGGUCCGGUCCAGAGAGUCCUGGAGGUGCCGGAGCAGAUCCAGAACCUCGUCAGAGACCUUCAAGAACUCAGCAAACUCCUGCUCCAGCUGCUCAUCAACGCCACCCCCCUGUACAGCCUGCUCGUCCCGACGCAGCUCCAACGCCAACGCCAACAGGUGAGCCAACAGGUGAGCCAACAGGUGAGCCAACAGGUGAGCCAACAGGUGAGCCAACAGGUGAGCCAACAGGUGAGCCAACAGGUGAGCCAACAGGUGAGCCAACAGGUGAGCCAACGCCAACAGGUGAGCCAACAGGUGAGCCAACAGGUGAGCCAACAGGUGAGCCAACAGGUGAGCCAACAGGUGAGCCAAACAGGUGACCAACAACAGGUGAGCCAACAGGUGAGCCAACAGGUGAGCCAACAGGUGAGCCAACGCCAACAGGUGAGCCAACAGGUGAGCCAACAGGUGAGCCAACAGGUGAGCCAACGCCAACAGGUGAGCCAACAGGUGAGCCAACGCAACAGAUGCAGACAGUGCAAUUUUAUUACAGGUGGUGUUGGUACUGAAGUACUAGUAUUAGUAUUAUUAAUAUUAGUAGUAGUAGUAGUAUUUGCAGUAGUAUUUGUAGUAUUUGCAGUAGUAUUUGCAGUAGUAUUUGUAGUAGUAGUAGUAGUAUUUGUAGUAGUAAUUGUGUCUGUCUUCAGUCUGUUCUUGAAGGCGAUGGACGGUCGCCCCCGGAGACGUCGGAGUUUGUAUUCGUUGGCGUCCCGCGGGGCCCAGAGCCCGGAGCCCCGACGCCAAUCAGAAGAACAGGAAGUCCCGCCCCCCCCGCAGGAAGUGCCCGCCCCCCGCCGCCCCUCCGCCACCGACCUCCUGCUCGCCCCCCUCAGGCAGUUUGUGUCCCAGAGUCAGAAAGCCUUCGAGUAUCUGACGCCCAACGCCGACGACCGAACCACACCGGACCACGAGGAGGACGAGGAGGACGAAGACGAGGAGGACGAAGAGUGACGGACGGCGACCGACCCACACCGGACCACGAGGAAGACGAGGAGGAUGAGGAGGACAACGAAAAGUGACAGACGAGGAGAAGGAAGAGUGAGAGAGGAGUGGAGGAGGUUCAGAGUCAUCCAUGCAUGUUUGAGUAAUCUAGUGAUCUCCCCCAGGCCCUGUUCAAACCCUCCUCACAGUUGGCUGCAGUACGAGUCUGUACGAGGCUCCGCCCCCUGUAUCGUCUCCUGCACCACAACUCUCCAAAAACACACAAACACACAAACACACAAACACACAAAAACACGACACAAACGUGAACACAGCGACGGCACAAACCUGAUGUGAUGCUCUGAAGGGGGAGGGACUCAGCACAGGGAGCAAAAGGAGGGGGAAUAAAGCGUAACAAACAUAUUAUUAUUAUUAUUAUUAUUAUUAUUAUUAUUAUUAU